AUGAGUUAUAAAUAUAAAUUACUUAUUGGAUUAGGAAAUCCUCCCGCUUAUAAGCUCACAAAACACAAUGUAGGACAGCAAUUUUUAGAUUCACUCGGCACUCGCUUUGAAUACGAUAAAAAGCUAGAAGGCUACAUCUCCAAUUACAAUGGGAUUUUACUUUUUAAGCCUCAUAGCUAUAUGAAUAUCUGUGGUGGGAUAAUAAAAAAAGCAAUUAAAAGCUUUAACACACAAUUUGAAGAAUUGAUAAUUUUGCAUGAUGACCUGGAUACCCCUAUUGGUAAAGCUAAGAUUAAGAAUGGAGGAAGUGCAAAUGGACAUAAUGGAGUUAUAUCUGUAAUUUCAGCACUACAAACGAAUAAGUUUGAUAGGCUUAAAAUUGGAAUAGGAAGACCUGGAGAUAUAUCAGAAGUGUCUGAUUAUGUUUUAACUCAAUUUAAAGUGGAAGAAAAAGCACAAUUAAAAGAAGCUUUUAAAAAAUCUAAAGAAUUAUUGGGAAUUAAAUAA